AUGAAGUUUGUCUUGGUACCUAUACUUGCAUCUGCGUUAAUCUUUGUUGCUGUGCUGCUUCUGACCUCGCUGACAACUUCAAAACUUAAACGUACCAAUCUUGUUGAUCCGUCUUCAAGAUCUCUUUUCGUGUUCUUGGCAUUAAAUUUCGUCGUUCUUGCAAUCCUCCUCGGGAGCCAUAGCCAUACCGACCAUGAAGUAGAAAGGCGUCUCUCUUUUUCUUUCUAUGAAGAAUUUAGGGUGGAUGAUCCUGCCGAUGAGGAUGAAAACGAGGUUCACACUGAUGACAGCGAAGAUGAAGAUGAUGGUCGUUCAAAUGACGACGUCACUUCUGAUGGUUACGAGGAGGAUGACGAUGACAGUGGAAGCAAUGGCGAGAUCGGAUGGUCCAAUGAUGAAGAUGGUGACGAAGCUUUCGAAAAGGAUGAAGACGGGGACAUCAAUUUGGAGAAGAGAAGUGAGGACUUCAUUGCCAGGGUCACCAAAGGAUGGCGGGAAGAGAGGAUGAGAGAAGAUUGA